UGUUUUUUCACUGUUUCUGGAAGCGAAUGCAGCGCGCAUGCAGAACAGACAAGGCACAAUCGAAACAGAGACCAGCGCUAUCCAUUAUUUUUGCAUUUUCUCUAAGAGCUGAGGUUUCCGGACAUCCAUUUGAUUCAGCCGUGUCUUCACAGGAGAACAAAAGCGAAUGCAAUCAGGGAAGCUAUAUAGGAAGCGACACCGACCACCUGAGGGAAAAUAUGGCGGCAGAAACGUGUCCCAAUCAGGCAAGCACGAAACGGUUCCUGGUUUACAAAUUGUUAGUGCUGCAAAAUAUCAGGAACUCAUUGGAGCAAGAACUUGGAACAUUUACACAAAAGUUAAGUACAGAGGUGCACACUCUUCUGAAGGCUACUGAAGCAGACUUCUUGCGCGGUUGCCUGGGUGUUUUGGGCAGGCUUGACCAGGGUUGCAGUAUCGUUCAACAGGUCUGCGGCUUUUUUCAGGAAAUCAAAGCAGCUGUCAAGCCGUCGUGUCUCUUGGCAGCGAACCCAAAGGCCCCCCUUCUCGCAGAGUCGUCUCCAGCACUGAGAGGUGUCCUGGUCUCGGAUAUUCUGAAGUUUGGCCCUGUGCUGAGUAACGUUCUGAUGGCAAGCUCUAUUACAAAUGCUGUGCAGACUUUAGGGGCUGCCUUAGCCUUCCAGCAAAUCCAGAUGUUCCUCAAUCCUCAGAGAGAAGUUGUGUCUCGCAGUACCUCCACCUGUUACAGCCUCGAGAUACAAGUGUACCGCUCCCUUCCGGGCUUCCAGACAAAAGACAUGCAGUUUGCAGAGCGCAGUGCCAAGCCUAAACAGCAGCAGCAGCUUAACAGUUUGAAAGAAAAUGUCAGAGAUCCACUUGGUCAAACUGCAGAUAAAGACAUGAUCGUACAGCAAGUCUCUGCAUCCCUGUUAAAUAGGAGCUGUGGUAAAGGACUCGAAGUGCAGCACCAGAAACUGACCUCCUCCCAGCUGCUGAGCUUUCUCAAAAACUUUUGUAAAACAGACAGUUCUGUUGCUAAUAUUAUGCACAGUAAAGUGAAAGCUGAUUCUGUGUGUAGACCAGCCUUUGUCGUCAAGGAACUGACAGAAACUCCACAGGUGCUUCGUGCUUUUGAAGGCAGUCCGGGUGCUGGAUUUCCAUCAAAGACAGGGCUGAAACAGAAAAAUAUCCCCUGCUGGAAAUCCUUGUUGCCUGUCUUUAAAGUGAAGAGACAAGACACAGAUGACAGCGUGACCUACAGCUGUAUGGUUGCUACAGAGUCUGAGCUGUGGGAUAUCUCUGAGAUAUCUGUGAAGGGCAGCAUUGUGAUGGAAGAGGCUCAAUGCAAUUUGGAAAAGGACAACAGGCCUCGUGUGCCGAGCUGUCUCCUCGGUGUUGCCAUGGAGCCAGGCAUCGGCAGCUGUUCUCAGGAUGGUGGAAGGGUUAUUCCAGACUUUCAGAUCCGUAAGUUUGACGAGGUGGAGGUGGCUGUCACUCAUGUUGUAGAUCCCAGCUGCUUCUUCAUUCAGGACGUGGGGCCUCCGAUGCAGGAACUGGCCCUGGAACUCAACAGCAGGACAUGCAGCAGCAGCAGCCCCCUCACUCGGGUGAACAGCAUUCCUGACAUUGGAAGCUAUGUGUGCGGCUGGUUCCCCAAGCACAAGCUGUGGUGCCGGGCACGAGUGGAACAGAUCUGCGGCAUGCAGAGAGAGGCCAACCCGGAUCGGUCUCGGGGAUGCCUGCAGAACGUUCAAGUACAAGUGUUGCGAGUGGAUUAUGGAGGUACUGCAUGCCUUCCACUCAGCGAUAUUAAAGAGCUCAGUCCACAGUUCAUGGAUGUCCCACAGCAAGCUUUGUGUGUCUCGCUGGAGCACGUCUCUCCAGUGGAUGGAUCCGAAUGGUCCUCGGAAGCCAUUAGUUGGUUUCAAGACAAAGUUGAAGGCCGGAGCCUGUAUGCCAGGCUGUAUCCCAAGAGAACCACGGUGAUGGUGGAGCUGUUCAUGGAGAAGGGAAAACUGGGAGCGAUGAGGAGAGGGCCCUCACUUUCUGAGAGAUUGGCUCAAAACGGUCAUGCGAAGCACGCAAGAAUGCGCACUAUCCGCAGCCUGAAAAGUGGCGGUAAAGGCCAAAAAGAAAAACUUUCUUCAGAGUGGGAGAAAUACAUUGUUUCUUGUUACUCGUACUCUGGAGACCUGGAACCAAAAAUGAAUUGGGCGUCUUUUUAUGCCGUUCUCAGCGGUGUAAACAGGAACUCCACUGGAAUCGGCCGCAUCUGGCUGUCGGUCCUCUUCAUCUUUCGAAUCAUGGUCCUGGUGGUCGCAGCGGAGAGUGUCUGGGGCGACGAGAAGUCAGGCUUCAUCUGCAACACGCAGCAGCCUGGUUGCAACAGUGUCUGCUAUGACCAGUUUUUCCCCAUUUCCCACAUCCGCCUGUGGGCACUGCAGCUCAUCCUGGUGUCCACGCCAGCCCUCCUCGUGGCCAUGCACGUGGCUCACCGCCGGCACAUCGAGAAGAAGAUCCUAAAGCUGUCCGGCCACAGCAGCAGCAAAGACCUGGAGCAGAUCAAGAUGCAGAGGAUGAAGAUCACGGGGGCCCUGUGGUGGACCUACAUGAUUAGCGUGAUCUUCCGGAUCCUCUUCGAAGCCGCUUUCAUGUACAUCUUCUACCUGAUCUACCCGGGCUUCAAGAUGAUUCGGUUAGUCAAGUGCGACGCCUACCCCUGCCCCAACACUGUGGACUGCUUUGUAUCCAGACCCACGGAGAAAACCAUCUUCACCAUCUUCAUGCUGGUGGUGUCUGGGGUCUGUAUCCUCCUCAACAUCGCAGAGGUUGUCUACUUGAUCACCAAGACCUGUUUCAAGAGCUUGCCAGACUCGGAGUCCGGCUCCAAAGGUACUUUUUAUGGGCACAGGUUCUCGUCGUACAAACAGAACGAGAUCAAUCAGCUGAUCUUGGAUUCGAAAAGCAACGGGACGAAGAGAAAUCCCGGUUCUGAUAAGGGGGACAGGUGUUCGGCUUGUUAGGUGUCUGAUGUCUUACUCUAACCUCUGCAUCCAACCCAUUCAACUAAUCAAGCUUAAUUAGUGUUUUGAAGCAGAUUGGAGCUCACUGUUUCUUCGAGCACUGAGAAAUCCUUUACAGUGUGGGGAUACUUCACAGCAUUUACAAAGCUGUAGAUUAUCAUUUUGUAAAAAAAAACAUGAUAGCAUAACCCCUUAACCUUCAACCAUUCUUGACGCAGUUCUCUGUCCACAGGUAAGAAGCCACCACACUAAAGCAUCACCAAGCCAUCCAUCUGCAAAGACCACAUAUACCUGUGAUUGUACUGAUCAAUGAGGGCGUGAACUGCUUACAGUGUUUAAAUGGACCAGUGUGAAGUCUCACAAACAAUUCCUCAAGCCGAGGCAACACACUGGAGGUACUGCAAACACACCAUUCCAGAGGUUAAGGGGUGCAACUGUAUUUGGUUUUUAAGGGACAUAUUUCACACGACACUUGAAGUUACAGAAUAGUGUAUAACGCCAAAUAUGGUAAAAGUGCAGCGCGUCCUGUAUGUAACUAGAUUAAAUGUCCGUGCUUCAGUUGGUCUUUGAGAUGGUAUGAACUUCACGCCACUGAAACACAACUAACUUCUUUUUUUUUUUCACAGCUAAGAAGCGUGCCGAUAACUGACAUCAUAUGCUUUUCAAUGUCUAAAGUUAAGAACUCAUCUAUCAGUCCCCUCUCCCCAUGUGCUCGCUCUCUCUUCCCUCAAAGAGACGAGACGAAGUAAUCCAAACUGCUCAAAUAAACCACAGUGAUGUGGUGAGCGAUAUAUAUUAACCUUUUAAUUACAGUUUUCACUGUGCACUGAAAAUAAAAAGGUGGUGGUUGUGCUUUUUUAAAAAAUGUUUUACAUAUAAACAGCGCCCAGGAAUCUCCUCUCCCACAGUGGUCACAUUUCAAGCAUGUGUAUAUGGCAGUGCUACCAGUAUAAACACAUGCAAACAGGGACAGCAUGGCCACCCUGCCAUUGCUUUCAGAUGCACAGAAAAAGUGUUUUCCUGCGCGGCGACGCUGUGAUACUGCCACUGUCACGCCUGUGACUGUCACAUCUCUGUUCUAAAUGUUCCAGCUUUGUUCCAUUGUUCAUAUGUUGAGUGUAACUGUCACCACACUGCUAAAUGCGUUGAGAAAAGGGAAACGCAUUGAAUACUGCCUCCAGUGGCACACUGGGUCAUUGUUCCACUGGAAAACUAACUUUACAAAUAUCAAUUUGUAUUCAGAUGAGUUUAAGUAAAGAAAAAAAAAAAAGUAAAACUUGACUGUGUUUUCACUGAGCUAA